AUGGUGGCAGUCGCUCCGGAGGCGCCCACCCGCCGUGGCGGGAGCGCGGCCGCAGCCCGCGGGCCCAGCUGCCUGCCUCGGUCGCCAGAGCGCCCUCAGGCCUGGGCGGUCCUGCUGCCUACAGUGACCCUGCCUCCAGCGGCCGGUGGGAUAAGGUGGCUCAACAAAGCCAAGCCUUAUCAGUUUCAUUCUGAACCCACUCGCCAGCCAGAGGAACAAUGGAUGGACUUUAAUACCAGAGUAAAUCUCCAAUAUCCUGGAUUUAGACUGUUGGAAAAUCCAGAACGUACCUUUGAUUUGGUACUGAAAGUAAAAUGCCAAGCAUCUGAAGACGAAGAUCCAGUGGUACUGUGGAAGUUCCCAGAGGACUUUGGAGACCAGGAAGUGCUGAACAGUGUUCCAAAGUUCUGCUUUCCUUUUGACGUUGAAAGGGUGUCCCAAAACCAAGUAGGACAGCAUUUUACCUUUGUGCUCACCGACAUUGAAAGUAAGCAAAGGUUUGGAUUUUGCCGUUUGACAUCAGGAGGCAAGGUCUGCCUCUGUAUUCUAAGUUACCUACCAUGGUUUGAGGUAUACUACAAGCUCCUAAAUACCCUGGCAGAUUAUUUGGCUAAAGAACAGGAAAAUGACUCAAACGAUUUGUUAAAAUCAUUGUAUAGCCAUCCUGUGCCAAAGGCGAAUGCUUUAGUCAGUUUAAGUGUGCACUCGUAUUUCAUUACUCCUGAUAUAACUGGAUUGCCAACAAUCCCUGAAAGUAGAAACCUCACUGAAUAUUUUGUUGCUGUGGAUGUGAACAACAUGCUGCAACUUUAUGCCAGUAUGUUGCAUGAGAGACGAAUCAUUAUUACCUCUAGCAAACUAAGCACUUUAACUGCUUGUGUUCACGCGUCAGCUGCAUUGUUAUAUCCAAUGUAUUGGCAACACAUUUACAUCCCAGUGCUUCCUCCACAUCUUCUGGACUACUGCUGUGCACCGAUGCCUUACCUAAUUGGUGUCCAUUUAAGCUUAAUAGAGAGAGUAAAAAAUAGAUCACUGGAAGAUGUGGUUUUGCUAAAUGUUGACACAAACACUCUAGAAACCCCUUUCAAUGACCUGAACAACCUACCUGGUGAAGUGGUCUCGGCCUUGAAAAAUAAACUGAAAAAGCAGUCUACAGCUACGGGUGAUGGAGUAGCCAAGGCCUUUCUUCGGGCACAGGCAGCACUGUUUGGAUCCUACAGAGAUGCACUAAGAUACAAACCAGGGGAGCCUAUAACGUUCUGUGAGAAUAGUUUUGUGAAGCAUCGUUCCAGUACUACUAAGCAGUUCCUGGAAACUGCAGUUAAUCUUCAACUGUUUAAACAGUUUAUUGAUGGUCGACUAUCAAAAUUAAAUGCAGGAAGAGGAUUCUCUGAUGUUUUUGAAGAAGAAAUCACAGCAGGAGGCUUUUGUGGAGGAAAUUCACGAUCUUAUCAGCAGUGGGUGCAUACAGUGAAGAAAGGUGGUGCACUGAUCAACACAGCAGUGACCAAAGCCACUCCGGCUGUGAAAACAGCAUAUAAAUUUGCAAAAAAUCAGGCAAGGCAAGGAAUAAAAGAAGUGAAGAGUAAGUUAAAACACAAGGAGAGUGAGGAAGAGUAUGGAAUUUGCAGUGCUGGUGCAGUACAGACUGCUCCCGUCUACACAUUGCAUUAUGAGAAAAGAGCAAACUCAGAAAAACGAAGACUGGCACAGACUCGUUUCAACCAGCGCCUCAGUAACCAGGAUUUUGCCUUGGAUGAAGAUGAUGAUGAUGAAAUGGAGAGAACAAGCAAGUUAUCAUCAGAAGACAGUGAAGAAGCUUCUGCUUGCUUUUAUGAUAGUGAUGAUUGUGGUGAAACUGGAAUAACUCCUCAGCAUCAAGGAGAAAUGGACUUGCUUGGGGAGAUUUUGGACACACUGAGCACACACAGCUCAGAUCAAGGAAAGCUCUCAGGAGCAAAAAGCCUGGAUUUCUUUAGGUCAAUGGAUGACAUUGAUUACAAGACUGCGAACAAGUCAAAUGCACCUAGUGAGACCAAUCUUACCCUGCUCUGUAGCAGUGCUAAUGAUCAAGCAGAGUGGAACCUCGGUCAGGAUGACAGUGUCCUCCAUGGGAAGCAGCUCCCUCCAUCGCCAAGGAAGCAUGUUUCUUCUGGUGGCCAUAGAGAAACUCUCUCAAGGCUGGAAGAAGAAAGUAGUGACAGAACCUUUAUUACUGACAAGAGGGACACCACUAGUAUGACAUCCCCAUCUCCAGUACAAUUAAGUGCCCAGUUUGCUUCUCUAGAAAGUUUCAAAGCAGGCUAUUCUUUCUGUAAGUAUGCAAAGCAGAAUGAAACCCUAAGCAAUACCUCAGAAGAUCAGCUCCCAGCAAGUCUUGCUCAACAUACAUCCAUUCUGGUCCCUUGGGAGAAAGAUGGGGAGGAAGGAAAUGAAACCCUGGAGGAGGGUGGGCUUCUUCAAGAAGUGGUGUCAUUAUGUAAACUGAGUUCUGCUUUUCACUAUGGUUUAAAUAUUUCAAAGGAUAGCUUAUCCAGUAGUAGCAGUGGGAAUAAAACGUAAGAAAACUAUGAGAAGAGAAACUUGACUCCCAUCAGAAGUUAAAGGGAGACUACUCAGGACUCCGUAUAACUCCAUAUAACAUGAUAACCAAAAGAUGAAAAAGGAGUAAGAGAUCUUUGAUUAUAAAAAUAAUUCUCUUCAGUUGAGUAUGCAUUUUCUGCCAUUGGGACAUCCGCUUCUAUGUUUACCCAGUUCGUUUGUUGGCUGUAGUUAGGUCCACAAAAUGGAACUAAAUAUAUGAAUGCACUCUUAAAUCAGGUACUAGUUAGUCUCUGUGUUAAAAAUACAGCAGGUGUAUGGUGCUUCUUAGCAUUUGCUUCCUCUAAGCAGCAGGAAAGGUAUCACCUAACA